AUGUUGGGUGAGGGAUCGAGCAAUAAGAUAAAACCUCUGAGCAAUAAUACUGUUUCCAGGCUUAUUGAUGAGAUGGCCGCAGACGUUGAAUCAAAACUCAUCAAAUUUAUGAGAGAAGGUAAAUUUGAGUUGCAGAUUGAUGACUCAACUGAGAUAGAUAACAAAGCUAUUGUAUUAGCUUACGUGAGAUUCAUAAAUGAGAAUGGUGCUCCUGCCAUGCCUGGUCGUCAUACUGGGCUUCUAGCGUACCUUAAAAAAGAAGUACUGGUGGUCAUCACCAUUCAUUGUCAACAUUUUUCUGCAAAAAAGUUAAGUGGUGUCCUGCAUGACACUUUACAAUUCGUUAUUUCUGGCAUCAAUAAAAUCAUAGCUGAUUCUCUCAAUGACCAGUCUUUAGAUUUGAAGUAUGCUAAAGUCAUCUUUAAAAAAUACGGUUACGAGUUAGCUUGGGUAAAGCUUAUGGACACUUAUCCACAAUUGUGGAAACAAACUGAGCCGCUCCUCAUCUCAUCAUUACCGUCAACAAAUUUAGUGGAGAGAGGAUUUAGUUCUGUCGUCCAGCUCCUCACAAAGCAAAGAAAUAGGUUGGACAUUUGCUUCAAAGGAGACCUGCGUAUAAAUCUGACGAACAUAAAACCUGACAUUCAAGCUUUAACUGAAAUACACCAAGCACAGGGCAUACACCAAGCAUUGAAGUGGUAA